UAAUGAUGCAAGUUGAACAGAAUUAUGGACAUUGCUUGUCCUUUGAAUGACUGUGUGUGCCUGAUGAUUAUAAAUAUGAAAUAUAUUUGUAUGAUGACACAUCACCAAAGUGUUCAUGUACAAUGGCAGUAUGCAGUGUCCAUCUGUCCCUACCACCACUUUUCCCUGUUACUAUGUUUAGACGGAGUAAAUGCUUGGUGGGUUUCAUUUUACCGAGAAAUACUAAAUGCACUGGGAAAGAGAAACUGAAACUUACCAAUCAAAGCAAUAAGGAAACUGUAUUCCUGUAUCAUUCCUGCGAUAUCUUGUAGGAUCCGUCGCUGAUAGCAGCUUCUUGUGAUUGUUAUUGUGAUUAAAGAUGAACGUGUAACAGCUCGCUGACCACCUUUACAAGACAAGGAUAGACACACCAGACAUCUGCUGUUAUCAUGUACUCAUCAUUUGCAUCUACGUUUAAAGAGUCCUAUGAACUAUCCUCUCCAUACACAUCUUUACAUGACAAUUAUGUUCCCAAAAAGCCGCGCAUGAGUGGACUUAAAACAUUGCUACUGGCCACAGGAUGUUUGACUGUCCUAGGGUGUUUACUCGCUAUUGCUUUGAUAGAGGUGAUGAAAAAUGAGGAAAACAUACACAAAGCUUUGAAUAUCAGCACCACGCAUCAGCCAGAUCUACAUGCUGAAGAGUCUGAUCAGUGCAGGAUUGUUCUGGUCGAGAGCAUCCCUUUAUGGAUGGAUUAUGGAGCCAAUGCCAGUUUUGGUGUGCCGCUGUACAAGGCAUGGAAAGACCUUCUGUCUACAGCAAGCAAGCAAAUCGAUAUGGCGUCGUUCUAUUGGACUCUUACUGGCGAGGACAUCGGUGCCAAAUCAGUCACUGACCAGUUUGGUCGAGACAUCCUGGAACAAUUAAAAGCGCUGCCAAAACGAAAUGUGUCUGUGAGAGCUGUGAGCAGCAUCCCUUCUGUGUCCAGCAACUCGACAGACCUGGACAUCCUGAGAGAAAAUGGAGUCCAUGUGAGACGAAUUAACUUCGGCAAACUGACCCGAGGAAUUCUUCACAGUAAAUUCUGGAUCGUGGACAACAGACAUAUCUACAUCGGCAGUGCCAACAUGGACUGGAGAGCAUUAACGCAGGUGAAGGAACUUGGAGUGGUGAUUUACAACUGCACCAGUCUGGCCACAGACCUCUAUAAGAUCUACCAGUCCUACUGGGUUAUGGGUCACAGCAAUGCUACGAUACCAGAUCCCUGGCCCUCUUUUUAUGACACAUCCAUCAAUAAGGACCAGCCUCUUCAUUUGAAUCUUAGUGAUGUUCCCAGUAGAGUUUACAUCUCGAAUUCCCCUCCCGCCUUCUGUCCGGAAUCACGCACCAAAGACCUGGAUGCCAUUUUGUCCGUGAUCGGCCAGGCGGGGCAGUUCAUUCAUGUAGCAGUUAUGGAAUAUUUCCCUGCCUUCAAGUUCAACUAUCACAAGUACUGGCCAGUUAUUGAAAAUGCACUGAUACAGGCAGCGUUGGAUAGGAACGUUACAGUGCGUCUCAUGAUCAGCUGUGGCCGUGACACUGACCCUUCCAUAUUCCCCUUCCUCAAGUCCAUCAAUUCCCUGAACUCUCCUCCUGACAACAUCAGGAUAGAAGUGAGACUCUACAUUGUUCCGGUGGGUAACGAGACCAACAUUCCCUAUACCAGAGUAAAUCACAACAAAUAUAUGGUGACAGAUAACGUGGCGUACAUAGGCACCUCAAACUGGUCUGCUGACUACUUCAACACCACCGCUGGUGUCGGGUUGGUGGUUUCUCAAGAUUUGUCGCAUUCCCCCUCACCUGGAGACACAUUAGUGGGGCAACUGAGUGCUGUGUUUGAGCGAGACUGGGACUCCAAAUUUGCAGUGCCACUUGAAAAACUGGGCCACAAUCCUGACUGCAUAUUUUCUAAAGCUUAAAUGGACAAUAUCAAUGAACUCAGUAUUAGGAGGUUGUAUUACACAAGGUGAAAUGAACUGUAAUGUUAAAUUGAAAUGCUGCACAUUAUAUAAUGCUGGUCUAUGAGUUUUAGUUAACAGUAUCAGCCUUUUCACACUAGUGAGACCAGGAUGAGGAGAGAACUGACACACAGUUAAGCAUCAGAGUGAACAGGCUUAUUAUAGCAGCCUUGACGGAAUAAAGCAAUAGACUUUUAAAUAGAAAAUAAAUCGAAUGAAUACAGUAUUGUGAUACAUGUAGCUUGUAAAUAAUAAAUAUCACUGCUGUCAAAAUUAAAACCAUAGCUCUAAGAUUGGGUUAUGUGAAGCAUAUUUUAU